AUGACCACCUACGACCUGUACCUGAUUUCGCCGCAUCUUGCGCUAGCCGCGCUGGCGAUGGUGGUUAUCGUUGUUGACUUGCUGACUCGGCGAACCGGGCUGCUCGUCGGUGUGUCAUUUGUCGGCCUGGCCGCCCCGGCUGCUUUGAGCGCGAUGCAGGUUAUUGAGCUGACAACCAGCGGCUCCGACGCAUUGUCCGCUGAUGGUUCAGUAAUCCUGUACACCCUGUCCAUCGACCGAUUCUCGCUGUUUUUUAACUUUCUGAUUCUGGCUGCAACCGGCCUGGUCGUACUGGUGUCCAACGACUACGUGCGGCGAAUACAGCGGUUGCAAGGUGAAUUUUUCGGCCUGAUGCUGCUCUCUGCUACCGGCAUGAUGUUGCUGGUGGCCGCGAAUGAACUGAUUACCAUAUACAUCGCCCUCGAGCUAAUCACGUUGCCACUGGCGGCGCUGGCCGCAUUCAUGCCCAACGGCCGGUCCAGCGAAGCCGGGAUGAAGUUCCUCAUCGUCGGCGCCAUCAGCAGCGCGUUGAUGUUGUAUGGCAUGGCGUUGAUCUACGGGUUCACCGGCAGCACCCGCCUGGACGAAAUCGCGGUGGCACUGGCCGGCGCCGCUACAUCGGGUGUCAUCCCAUUCGGCAGCCUGGCGGUAUUGCUAGCGGUCGUGCUGUUGCUGGUAGGGUUUGGAUUCAAAAUGUCGGCGGCGCCCUUCCAGAUGUGGGUGCCCGAUGUUUAUGAAGGCGCCCCCACGCCGAUUGUGGCGUUCCUGUCAGUUGCCAGCAAAGCGGCCGCCUUCGCGCUGGUAAUGCGUGUGUUCUACAUCGGUUUCGACUCGCUGGCGGGUGAUUGGUGGGUAUUGCUGGCUAUUCUGGCAGCGUUGUCGAUGACAAUCGGCAAUCUGGUUGCCAUCUCCCAACACAACAUCAACCGGUUGUUUGGAUACAGUACCAUCGCCCACGCCGGCUACCUUCUGGUCGGUGUCGCUGCGGUAGCCACCUCAGGCGGAGCGGCAAGUUUCGGCCCCAGUAGCGUGGUCUUCUACCUGGCGGCGUAUACUGCUGCUAAUCUGACCGCGUUCUUCGCUAUGGUGUGCAUCGGACACCGUAUCGAGAGCGACGAGAUAGCUGACUACGGUGGGAUGAUUCGCCGAGCUCCAUUCCUGGCAAUCACCCUGGGUCUGGCGCUGAUAGCCCUGAUUGGAGUGCCCCCCACCAGCAUAUUCAUCGCCAAAAUUUACAUAUUCGCCGCCGCCAUCAACACCGGGGAGUCCCUGAUGACAUGGCUGGUUAUCAUCGGUGUCGUGAACAGCGUCGUGUCGGCGUACUACUACCUGCGAGUCAUCAAGGUCAUGUUCCUGCAACCCGCAGUCAGCCCGGAGCGGGUGAGAGGGUCCUGGCCGGUGAAUCUGGCGUUGGGAGUCGCCACGCUGUCCAUGCUGUGGUUGGGCGUGGCUCCGGGCACAUUGCUUGGGGCGGCAGAACGUGCGGUUGCGGCCCUGGCAGGAGGUGGCUAA